CACAGGUGACUCGUACGGCUUUUGAUACAUAUAAAGUUGAAAUAUUGUAUCCACUUUUGAGGUCAAGUUCAACUGGAAAAUAUCCACACAGAUUCAUUUGUCAGUUCAGGAGCGCUAACGACCGUAAUCUGACCGUGGUUUGGUAUGUCUGUAUAGCGUUGAAAACUAAUCGGAUAUUGUAAGCCGAAAACGACUGACCCACAGAAGAUAUGAGCGAUGAUUCAGAUGGAUUAUGGACUGGAGAGAUUGAGAAGAGCUUUCAAGAGGCGCUUGCAAUUUAUCCGCCUUGUGGACGGCAAAAAAUUAUGCUCUCAGCGAAGGACAAAAUGUACGGACGAAACGAGCUCAUAUCUCGUUACAUAUAUAUGAAAACGGGAAAAGUAAGGUCGCGAAAACAGGUCGCAAGCCACAUUCAGGUGUUAGCCCGCAAGAAGUUGCGUACAACCUCCGGUAAUAGGCAUUCUGGUGGAUUACUUGGCAGGUUUACCUCCGAGGCUGUUAGUCCUGUUACAUCAAGUUUCCUCCUCUCUCACACCGCUGCACGGAACCACGAGGACAGAAGUCAACGCUCAGUGCAAAAGACAAUGGCUGACAUAAUAUUUCAGCCUAAACAGUCCUGUCUUUCUGCAAGCGCUUACGGUCAGAAUGCAGUCGGCAGUAACGAGCAUUCUCUAGCAAACACGAAUGAAAUUUUCGGUCCUCCUGAACUUAUCCCGGACAGUUCUAGCGUGAAAGCUCCAAAUACCUUACUCAAGUCCUCCCCAGGGCCUUACUUUCAAAGCACGCGAGUGGUUGGAGGUGGCAAUGAGGCCGCGUUGAGUUCGGCCAAAAUGAAGUAUCAGGAUACAUUUACUUGGGAUGUGCCGGGCAUGCUGGAGGCGGGCGGGGACCAGGAGUACGUGUUAAACUUAGCUGAAGGCUGGCAGGCUGAGGAAAAGGACCACAGAUCAUUCGCCACCUCAAAAUCCCAGUGGCCAGGUGAAAUAACUACCCAAGGAGCCCAGAUAAGAUCAGGGAAAACGUAUUCUGCUAUUGAAUUGAUUGAUCCACGAAGCGAUGCUCAUACACUAGAGGAUUAUUUGCCGGUAGAUAGUGAUCAAACAUGUCCAUCCCUGGAGUUCCCAGACAUCCCGUAAGUCCCUCGCUAGGCCAACUCAAAAACCUUGAUAUUUACAGUGACUUACCUUGGAACAAACAUCGUCUCUCGCUUAAUUAUUAACCUACGGUAGUUUCAGUACUGAAAUAACACUUGAAAACUGUAAAUAAUAGAGUUAAUUUAGUUGUCCUUUUAGAGAGAUUUGGUUAUAGUAGGUAAGAUUGGAUUAUGAUAGAUUAAGAUUUGGGUUAUGGUAGGUUCAGAUUGGGUUAUAGAAAGUUACGAUUGGGUUAUGGUAGAUUGGGAUUGGGUUAUAGUAGAUUGGGAUUGGGUUAUGGUAGGUUUAACGUGGCUAAAACUUUCUGUUAAACUUUUUUUUUGAAAAAAUGAU